ACUGUCUCACAGGCCAUGACAGAGCCCAAGAUCAGAAUAAAAGGGCUGAGGAGCAGAGCACCUUCAUCCACUCCUCCUGAGGUACCCACAGAUCUUGUGCGACCUUGCUCCUGAGAACUCACCAGCCAAGAUGUCCUGCCAGCAGAACCAGCAGCAGUGCCAACCCCCUCCCAAGUGUGCCCCCAAGUGCCCUCCCAAGUGCCAGACACCAAAGUGUCCCCCCAAGUGUCCUCCCAAGUGUCCUCCCAAGUGCCCCCCUGUGUCUUCCUGCUGUAGCCUGGGAUCUGGGGGCUGCUGUGGCUCCAGCUCUGGUGGCUGCUGUGGCUCCAGCUCUGGGGGCUGCUGCAGCUCUGGGGGUGGUGGCUGCUGCCUGAGCCACCACAGGCCUCGUAGAUCUCUCCGUCGCCAUCGUCACAGCUCUGGAUGUUGCAGCAGUGGUGGCAGCAGUGGCUGCUGUGGCAGCAGUGGUGGCAGCGGUGGCUGCUGUGGUGGCAGCAGUGGCAGCAGCCAGCAGUCUGGGGGUUGUUGCUGACCUGUGCCCUAGGACUUCUGACAAGUCAUGGAGAAGGAAGUCAAGUACAACAGACGUGUCCCUGCCUGCCACUGUUCCUCCCUGUUGUGCUCUAUAUUCUGGUCUCUCAGACCUCCUGUGCAAAGUUCUGACUUACCCCUAAAAUGACCAGACUGAAAUAAUAAAGUCUCCCCUUCCAAAUCUGA